CGCGGCGGUGCCCGGCUGUGGGCGGGUUCGAGGCUCGGGCUCGCCGCCUCCGCCAGCGCCGGCACGUCGCUGACACCCUCUCGAGGUGGCAUGAAACAUCCUAUGUGCAAGCAUAUGCAUAAGGAAUGCUCUUAUCACACCCUGAUAAGUUACUUUGGCCUAAACAUCGAUUGCCUCUUGUAAAAACCUAAAUGGCAGCUCAGAAAAGGAAGUCUACGUUAGUAGAACCUUCUGCUAAACGUCCAAAGCUAGACAAGAACAGCAAACCAUCUUUGUCGAAGAAGGAAAAAGAGGUGUCGGAUACAAAACAUGGCUCAAAUAAAUCAAAGCCCAGUCAGUGUGCAGUGCAGGAGAAAACUGUACCCAAAACCUCUGUCAAACCAAACAGUGAUAACACCAAUGAACUUGAAGUAGGAACACGCAUGACUACAAGAUCAUCAGCACUCAACUCAAAUAAUAAAACAAUACCUGGCAAAACAGUCCAACAGCAGCAGCCUAAAUCUGCAAAAAAUAAGGAGUUAUGCCAGAAAAAAUCUGUGCAAGAAAUUCCUAAGUCAAAAUGCUUAAUUACACCAAACGAGCCAGUAGCGAGAAGAUCACAGAGACUGCAGCAGUUAACACAAGUGCAUGUUCCAGCAAGAUCUCUGCGCAGCAAAGAAGAAAAAGUUUCGGAAGUUAAGCACAGUAGCCAGGCAAAAAAACAUGCUCACAGUGUUGCAUCAAAACCACUGAAAUCUGCUGGAGGGAAAACAGAGCAGAAAAACACAAAGACAAAGCCAAACAAUAAAAAUGAGGCUAAAGAAGUACAUGUAGAAGCGACCAGCUCUCUGAAAAAGUGUAAAACAGACAAUAAAAAGGAUAAUUCCAGUAGCUUUCAACACAAUCUUCAAGUGUCCUCAUCAUGUCCUGAUGAGAGUCUUGAGGAAGUCAAGAAAGACCGAACAGGCCCUGUAUCUCCUAAUUCUAGCAACACAAAGAAAGCAGAAACCAAUUCUCUUAAGCCAGAUCCUACAGCAUCUAAGGAAAAGCAACAAACACACCAGAACAUAAAACCCAGUACAAAACCAAAAAAUACUUCACAGCCACCUGUGAGUGAGGUAAACGUGACUGAUCAACCAGAGAACGAUGCAAAAUCCAAAAGAGUGAGCAUUCUUGAACUUUGUGAAGAAAUUGCAGGUGAGAUUGAGUCAGAUACAGUAGAAGUGAAAAAAGAUUCCCCUAAUGCAGAGGACAGCAAAGUAGAAGAAAAGCACGAUGACACACAGUUACAGCAAAGUGAAAUGCUUACUCAGAAAGAACCCAGUCAAAGUACUCAGUGCAAACGGUUUUUCCCUAGCAAAAAAGCAAUGCCUGUCAAAUGCACUUUGAAUGGUAGAAAUAACUCUUCAAACAAAAACUCUAAAUGGACCAAAAUUAAAUUGCUGAAAGCUAGUAAUGUGAAGCAAAGCAACUCAAAUUCUCCAAAUGUCCCCAAGCUUCCUUUUUUAAAAGAUUUCCCUGACGUUUCAGAGGCAAGCCAAAUGGCUGUAGAGGCAGAGCUUUCAAAGGCACAAGGCAAGCUGUCAGCAAGACUCUUUGAGAAUGAAAGUACAACUUGUGUGCAGGAGAAAUCAGAUCCUUCAUCUGAAAGAGCUGUAGCUAAAGAAGUGACAUUAGAAACACAACAGCCCACAAGGAAAGGUGCAGAAAAUGGUUUGUUGCCUAACUUGACAAAACCUUUAUGUGAGCCAAGACCAGAUGAGGACUUUCGAUUACAUUUGGAAUCAGAUCCAGAAAGUUCUCCAGUAAAGUGUGUUACAACUCCUAGACCACCAAAACAAUUAAAAAAAGAACCCAGAGAAAGUGAACCUCAAGAUUUGGCUCCCAUGCAGUUGAUGCAAACUUCACUUACAAGUCAAACUUCUGAAUCUGAGAACAGGGCUCCAUUGUCAAAUCCUUCAUUAGCAUCAAAAUGCAGUAACUUACCAUCAUCUGAGGAACAUAUUCAGAAACUAAAAGAAGCAGGAAAAGAUGGUGAUAAGCAGCUGAUCACAGAUGGAGGACAGAAGAGAUUUGGUGCUAUUUCCUGUAAUAUUUGUGGAAUGCUUUACACUGUGUCAAAUCCAGAGGAUGAAACCCAACAUCUGUUAUUCCACAACCAGUUCAUAAGUGCUGUUAAAUAUGUGGGCUGGAAAAAGGAGAGAAUCUUGGCUGAAUAUCCUGAUGGGAAGAUAAUAAUGGUUCUUCCUGAUGACCCAAAGUAUGCACUUAAAAAGGUUGAAGAAAUCAGAGAAAUGGUAGACAAUGACUUGGGAUUUCAGCAAACUCCUCUCAUGUGCUACUCUAGAACUAAAACUCUUCUUUUUAUUUCUAAUGACAAAAAAGUCAUUGGCUGCUUAAUUGCAGAACAUAUACAGUGGGGCUACAGAGUUAUAGAAGAGAAGGUUCCAGAAGUCAGUUCAGAAAAUGAGAAAGUGAUAUUUGAGAGACAGAAAGCAUGGUGUUGUUCAACUUUUCCAGAACCUGCUAUCUGUGGGAUCAGUCGGAUCUGGGUGUUCAGCAUGAUGCGCCGGAAGAAGAUUGCUUCUCGGAUGAUCGAGUGUCUUAGGAGCAACUUCAUAUAUGGCUCAUACUUAAGCAAGGAAGAAAUUGCUUUCUCUGACCCCACUCCUGAUGGAAAGCUCUUUGCAACACAGUACUGUGGCACUGGCCAGUUCCUGGUAUACAAUUUCCUCAAUGGACAGCACCAGACUUAACUGCUCUGCAGGAAUUCCAUUUUUAUUGGAGACUUCUGCCAAACUGCAUGAGUGCAGCAGAAGCCAAGGCCAUUUUUAUUACAGUGAACUCAGGACUGGUAACAACCAAAUGGUUGUACUAUUUUAUUAAAAUUGUAAACAAUGCAGUAAUAGGCUAACUUUGUUUUUUUAAAAGAAAGAUAUUUUAUUAACUUUUACAAAAGUUUGAUUGUAUUUUAUCUAGUUAUUCAUGUUUACAUGCAGCAGAAAAUUGUUCAUAGUGGACUGUAAACUAAUGCAAAGACUGUAGUCUGGCUGAUGAGUACAUGCUGAAGUUCUUACUGAGGUGAUAUACCAGUGCUUCCCAGUACUGGAGUGCUGGGCUCCUGCCCCAGCUCCCACUGCCAGCACUUGUCUGACAGAGUUCCAGGCUGUGCCCAGUGACAUUGAGGCAGGAAAUGUUACAGUGCAGUCGCUGUGAGGGCAACAACCCUCACAGGCUGUGUGGUGCCUUCUGGGGUGCCCCUGUACCCUGCUCUGUGUCAGGGCACCUGCUCCCUGGCAGCAGCAUUGGAAUCUUGCUGUCCCCUUCUCCCCCUGGUUAGUUCUGGAGUAAAAGCAGAAUGAAAAGCCCAAGGACCGGUGUACUCGUCAUUCUUGAAGUAUUGUACUGAGUAUAUACCUUUGUUAGUGAACUUCACUUUGAUACUUGUCACUCCUUCAUAAGUCUCUCCUCUUUCAAAGGGUUUGUAUGUUGAAAAACUGCUGUGGCCUUUCUUGAUCUGUACAUAAUGUAGAUAGGUUAAAAAUAAAAUACUUGAUAGCUUUUUUAAAGUUA